AAGCGGCCGCAGUGGCAGGAGAGCGUCCUGGAGACCGACGGGGAAAGGGGCCGUAGCUGCAGCAACAGCCCGGAGGUGCAGGGGUCCUCGAGGGAGUCCCGGGCGGCAGGCUGGCUGCCCCCCCCCCCCCCCCCGCUCUGUUAAUCACCCUGCAUACUGCUGCCCGGGGGCAGGGCGUCCUGGCCACAGGUGCCUAUCAAAGAAGUAGCCUGGUUUCCCUUUAUCCUCAUUUUGCUCAUCUUUGGAAGAAUAUCAUUUAAAAUGACCACGAAGAUCAACUUAGACACACUUCCUGAAUAUGAGAAGAGUCAGAUCAAGCGGACCCUGGAACUAGGAACUGUCAUGACCCUGUUUAGCCUCAGGAAGUCUAACCCUGAGAGGAGGACGGUCCAGGUCAUCACAGAGACCAGGCAGGUGGCCUGGAGCAAGACGGCUGACAAGAUCGAAGGAUUCUUGGACUUAAUGGAGAUAAAGGAAAUCCGUCCAGGGAAAAACUCAAAGGACUUUGAACGUGGGAAAGCCAGUCGCCAGAAAGAAGAUUGCUGCUUUACCAUAUUUUAUGGCACCCAGUUUGUCCUCAACACCCUGAGUUUAGCAGUGGACUCCAAGGAAGAUGCUACUAAAUGGCUUUGUGGCUUGACAAUUUUACACCAGGAAGCCCAGAAUGCCUCAACUCCAGCUAUUAUUGAGAGCUGGCUAAGAAAGCAAAUUUAUUCUGUAGAUCAAACUCGGAGAAAUAGUAUCAGCUUUAGAGAACUGAAGAACAUUCUUCCCUUAGUAAACUUCAAAGUUAGCAGUGCCAAGUUCCUGAAAGACAAAUUCCUGGAAAUAGGUGCCUACAAGGAUGAACUCAGCUUUGAACAGUUCCACUUAUUCUACAAAAAGAUGAUGUUUGAGCAACAGAAAUCAAUUCUUGAUGAGUUCAAAAAAGAUUCGUCUGUGUUUAUUCUGGGAAAUACAGACCGACCAGAUGCAUCUGCUGUUCACCUGCAUGACUUCCAGAGGUUUUUGCUGCAUGAACAGCAGGAAAUCUGGGCGCAAGAUCUGAGUAAAGUAAGAGAGCGAAUGACAAAAUUUAUAGAUGACACUAUGAGAGAAACAGCUGAGCCAUUCCUGUUUGUCGAUGAGUUCCUCACUUACCUGUUUUCAAAAGAAAACAGCAUUUGGGAUGAUAAAUAUGACUCUGUUGAUAUGCAAGACAUGAAUAACCCUUUGUCUCAUUACUGGAUUUCUUCAUCUCAUAACACGUACCUCACUGGGGACCAACUUCGAAGUGAAUCUUCUACUGAAUCAUACAUUCGAUGUCUUCGAAUGGGUUGCCGGUGUAUAGAGUUGGAUUGCUGGGAUGGGCCUGAUGGGAAGCCAAUCAUCUAUCAUGGCUGGACGCGGACAACAAAGAUCAAGUUUGAUGAUGUGGUGCAGGCCAUCAGAGACCAUGCUUUUGUCUCCUCACAGUUCCCAGUAAUCCUCUCCAUUGAAGAGCAUUGCUGUGUAGAACAGCAACGUCAUAUGGCCAGGGUGUUUAAGGAAGUAUUUGGGGACCUCCUCCUUACAAAGCCCACUGAAGCCAGUGCUGACCAGUUGCCGUCCCCUGCCCAGCUGAAAGAAAAGAUCGUCAUCAAGCACAAGAAGCUGGGUCCUAGGGGAGAUGUGGACAUCAACAUUGAAGACAAGAAGGAGGAAAAAAAGCAGCAAGGGGAAUUGUACAUGUGGGACACCAUUGAUCAGAAGUGGUAUCGCCACUAUUGUGCCGUAGCUGAUGACAAGCUGUCCUUCAGUGAUGUUAUAGAGCAGAACGCAGAGGAGGAUUCAGUAAAGGAUGUAGCACAGACUGACCUGCAUUUUGGUGAGAAGUGGUUUCAUAAGAGGAUGGAGAAGAGGACCAGUGCUGAGAAACUGCUGCAAGAAUACUGUGCUGAAACCGGGGCCAAGGAUGGAACCUUCUUAGUCCGUGAAAGUGAGACUUUCCCCAACGACUACACACUGUCCUUUUGGAGAUCAGGCAGAGUCCAGCACUGUCGAAUACGGUCGACUCUUGAGGGAGGAGCCAUGAAGUAUUAUUUGACUGACAACCUCAUGUUCAACAGCAUCUAUGACUUGAUCCAACACUACCGAGAAGCCCACCUGAGAUGUGCUGAAUUUGAGCUUCGUCUGACAGACCCAGUGCCCAACCCCAAUCCUCAUGAAUCAAAAGCUUGGUACUAUGAUAGCCUGAGCAGAGGAGAAGCUGAAGACAUGUUGAUGAGAAUUCCCCGAGAUGGAGCCUUCCUGAUUAGGAAAAGAGAAGGGGGAGAUGCAUAUGCCAUUACUUUCAGAGCCAAGGGAAAAGUGAAACAUUGCCGGAUUAACAAAGAUGGACACCACUUUGUGCUGGGGACAUCUGCUUACUUUGAAAGUUUGGUGGAAUUGGUCAGCUACUAUGAAAAGCAUGCACUCUACAGGAAAAUGAGACUGCGCUAUCCCGUGACUCCAGAGUUGCUGGAGCGUUACAACACCGAAAGGGACAUAAAUUCACUCUAUGAUGUCAGGAUGUAUGUGGAUCCCAGUGAAAUUAACCCCUCAACGCCCCAGAGAACUGUGAAGGCUUUAUAUGACUACAAAGCCAAGCGUGGGGAUGAGCUCAGCUUCUGUCGGGGGGCCCUCAUCCACAAUGUCUCCAAGGAGCCUGGUGGCUGGUGGAAGGGUGAUUAUGGAGGAAGGAUUCAGCAAUAUUUUCCAUCUAAUUAUGUGGAGGACAUAUCAACAGUUGAUUUUGAAGAGAUGGAAAAACAGAUUAUUGAAGAUAACCCUUUAGGAUCUCUUUGCAGAGGAAUCUUGGAUCUUAACACCUAUAAUGUUGUGAAAGUACCACAUGGAAAAAACCAGAAAUCAUUUGUCUUCAUCUUGGAACCCAAGAAACCCAAUGAUCCUCCCAUAGAGUUUGCGACUGACAAAGUGGAAGAGCUCUUUGAGUGGUACCAGAGCAUCAGGGAAAUCACCUGGAAGAAUGCAACAGUGGAGACCAACAUGAAGUAUUGGGAGAAGAAUCAAUCAAUUGCCAUAGAACUAUCCGACUUAGUCGUCUACUGUAAGCCAACAAGUAAAACCAAGGAUAAUUUAGAAAAUCCUGAUUUCAGAGAAAUUCGCUCUUUCGUGGAGACCAAGGCCGACAGCAUUGUUAGGCAGAAGCCAAUUGAUCUCUUGAAGUAUAAUCAAAAAGGACUGACUCGGGUCUACCCAAAAGGCCAAAGGGUGGACUCAUCAAAUUAUGAUCCUUUUAGACUUUGGCUCUGUGGCUCUCAGAUGGUCGCUCUGAAUUUCCAGACAGCAGAUAAAUAUAUGCAGCUGAAUCAUGCUUUAUUUGCACUUAAUGGCCGGACCGGCUAUGUACUGCAGCCUGAAAGCAUGAGGAAUGAAAAUUAUGAUCCAACACCCCCAGAAUCACAAAGGAAGAUCCUGAUGACCCUGACGGUGAAGGUCCUGGGGGCUCGCCAUCUACCCAAGCUUGGACGAAGCAUUGCUUGUCCAUUUGUAGAGGUGGAAAUUUGUGGGACUGAGUAUGAUAACAACAAAUUCAAGACGACUGUAGUGAAUGAUAAUGGCCUGAGUCCAGUCUGGGCGUCUACUCAGGAAAAAGUGACAUUUGAAAUUUAUGACCCAAAUCUUGCAUUUCUACGUUUUGUUGUUUAUGAGGAGGAUAUGUUCAGUGAUCCCAACUUUCUGGCGCAUGCUACUUAUCCCAUUAAAGGAAUCAAAUCAGGGUUUAGAGCAGUUCCUCUUAAAAACGGUUACAGUGAAGAUAUUGAGUUGGCCUCCCUUCUGGUUUUCUGUGAGAUGCGUCCUGUCUUGGAAAGUGAAGAAGAACUCUAUUCUUCCUGUCGCCAGCUUCGAAGGCGACAAGAGGAGCUGAAUAACCAACUCUUCCUGUAUGACAGUCAUCAGAACUUACGUAAUGCCAACAGAGAUGCCCUGAUGAAUGAAUUCAAUGUCAAUGAAAAUCAGUUGCAGCUGUAUCAGGAAAAAUGUAACCGGAGAUUAAGGGAGAAGAGAGUCAGUAACAGCAAAUUCUACUCCUAGAACAAGCUUGCAGUUUGGGGACUUUGUAUAUGUGUGUGUGUGCAAGAGACAUAAUCAGAGAGUACUUUACUAAGAUCUUCAGAAGAUGCAAAUCUGUGAAGUCAUCAUUCCCAAAGAGCUGUCUGUCAUCGGGAUGACUUCUCUUAAGAAGAACCAAGCAGGAUUCACCAUGAUGACUUUCUGUUCUCUCUCCUCCAUUUGAUAUCUUUUUUUUUUAACUUAUAUUGUGUACAAAUUAUACAUAAGAUAACUGGCUUGUUUUCUGUGACCAGUACCACAGUCCUCCCUGAAUAAAGGCAAGCAAAAGCUCCAUAAGUUAGCCUUCUGUAUUUGCUGAGCAAGGAUGGCUUCUCUGAGAAAACACCUCGAUUUUCAUUGAACCAGGUAAUUGAUGACUUUGGUGGAAGAUGAGCAAGAAUCAUUUUGUGGCUAACUUGCUAGGUGUUGAGGAUUUUUAUUUGAAAAGAAACACCAUUUUUCCUUACCUCAUGUAUGUCCAUUUGCAUGAGGAGAGCAGAGAAGGAAGUUUUCCCUCUUGUCUCACUCUGUCAGUGGUCUCAGCCUUCUUGCAACAGCUGCUACUCCUGUUAGUCAUCCUGCCCUUAUCAUAUGUCAAUAGACAUUUAACAUGGCAGCUUGGGAUAAUUAUUGAUUUAUUGAAUCACUUUACAUGUGAAUACAAGUUUUACAUGCUUUUAAUAUUAGAGACUGGACUUCUGACAAUCUAAAUUGUCAGGGAAAUUUUGAAGUCUCUCUUUUUAAAAGUGAUUGUUGACUGACAAGAUGAUCAAACAAAUUAAUGCUUCCCUUUAAGGCUUGGACCUCUAGGGAAGCAUGAUUUUCAAGUUAUUUGUGUGUCAAUAGUUUUAUAGCCCUCUGAGCUUCAAGGCCAAGAGCAUGCCUGGUGAUGGAACACAAGGCCAGCUGAGCUGUAGGAUACAGCAUGUUGUAGAUCUUUGUCUUUGCUUGAAGGCAGUGGCCUAUGAUGGGCUCUUCCUUGCAUAAGAAGCUAAAUCACAGCUAAAGUCUUCAAUAUGAUUAUUUUCUGGUUCUUUGGCUUGUUUCAAGAGAUAAUUAUUUAGGAAAUGGUUAUUUCUUGAGAGCAUUCCUUACCAAACUUUUUGAACAUUUGUUGAGUAACAUGAGCAAGGUGAGAAGACAGGAGAGGCACAUGAAAACAUUACAGAAAUCUAAAAA